AUGUCGUCCUCCUCCUUCGAGCCUCCUCCUGAACAAACUCCUAUCGCGAAGCAUCCAGGAAGCACCUCGAACAUCGCUCCUCGAGUAACAGUUCGGCCCAAGGAAGAAUGGACCGAAUACAGUGCUAGUUUCGCCUUCCUCGUCCACCCGACCACAAGGCCCUUUCGUAGUCUUGCCGCAGGCACCAAGGCCCCUGUCGCCUUAAGUCAGAAGCCGCGAGGUCUAUCUGACAGCUCCCUCAUCACCAUCCGGCCUAUUCAGCAGCCCGAGACUGGCCUCGCCUACAUACUCCCCAGGGUCGACGCGAGGGUCGACGUCCCCACCCCAUUCCUCCGCAUCGGCAUUCGAGUUGUCAAGGACUAUGGACCAGGUGUUCCGGAGUUUGACAGCAUGACGCCCAUCAUGCUUAAGACUAGCACUAAGACUAGCACCAAUACCACUCAGACUGAGAAGGAGUCUUCCAAGGCCGACGAUAUAGCUGUUUGCGACCACUUUGCCAUCGACGUGUCCGAUAUCAACGUGAUCAAGAAGCUUUACCUAGCACCGGUAAAUAUUCGGGCUAUAGGGCUUUUGGUAUCGAGCAAGCUAUUCCUCGCGACUUUGUCGAGUAUGGCUUGCAGAUGA